AUGGACAGUCUCCUGAUGAACUUCUGGGCUCUGGUCAUUGCAGUGGCGGUGUCAUCUCGGGGAUGUGAAGAGACGCGUCGAGCCCCGCUUACUGAAGAAGAGGAGGAGCAGAACGUGGUUUGUGGCCGCCUGGUGACCCCACGAGCGCUGGGCAGGAGGCACUUCAGAGCGGGCGCGGCGGAGGAGAAGGAUGCAGGCUUUCCGAGGUUCGUUCCUCCUGAACGCCCGGUCGGCUCCGAGUGCCCGCGUCAACCCCUGCGCUGCGUGACCCUGCGGGACUGGCCCACGCUAACCGGAGUGCUCCGCGAGAGGGACAUGCUCUGCGCGGAGCAUCUUUUCAACGCACGCCCGUGCUACCAGUCGGUGCGCUGGGACGCCUGCGGCCAGGGGCUGCUGGUCGAUCAGGCGCUUUUUGAGUACGAGCUGCUGAAUGCGGGGUCCGGCAAUGCCGCCGUGCCCGGGGGGUCCGGAGAGCUCUUCAAGACCAAAAACUUCACCAGCUUCAUCAGGCAGCUCAACCUCUAUGGCUUCCGCAAGGUGGUCACGGAUCAGGUGGGCAGCGUGGCGAGGACCGGACUGCAGACUGUAGGACAGUUUCAGCAACCUUAUGGUCAAGACAGUUUCUUUGCUUACUCCUGCGUGUCGACCUCAUCCCAGAACUAUGUCACUUUACCAACAAGUUUAGAUUCGACUCCAGUCGCUUCCACAACCUGGCAGGGUUCUCCUGGGUUGCUCCCAGUGCCUGUGGCUUCCCCAGCUUUUCCAGAUGGAGCUGCCUUUCCAGGAGACCAGAGGUCUGUAGAAGAGAUCACGUACACGCUGCAGGCCGUUCCCCCUUCUCUGCCACCCCAGCAAGGGUCUCAAACCAUUGCCACUUCCGUUCCAACGUACAACAGCUACACAUCUUCAGUGCAGUACCCACAGCCCUACUGUCCAACAGCUACACAGCAGGGUGGCUCACCAUCUGUCCGCCUGAAUCCCCUGACUGGCCGUGCUAGUCCGAUAGCUGUGACGUACUCCCACUGUUGUUUCUUCCAGAGUCCUCCACUGCUGUCAACUUUUCCAGCUGAAUUUCCGCCCUCUAACUGGUCAUCUGAUACAUCUGCUGAGAACAAGACGACAGAAGUCACUCUUGAAGAUGUGUUGCAGCUUGUUGAUGAGAUGCAGUCAUCAUCCGAAGCUGCAGUGUUGCCAGUGGAGCCAGUGGAGAUUCAGUGUUCAGCCUCUCAGUCUACCGGAGAUCAACUACUCCCGAUUGAUACUGAGAAUAUUGAUUUACCUCCUUCAACUGGCACAAGCAACCUGGAAUCUCUUACUUCUGUAUCUCCAGAUGCACCAUUUAUGAUAGAAGCAGAUCAAGUAGUAAAUUGUUUACCAUCACAGCUGUCUGAAUUUCUUUAUGAUGCCCAUACCACUGCGUCUGUAGAAGGUGCUGCUGCUGACAUCGUGCAAGAAUCUUUGAUCUCACAGGAAGCACCUGAAGAACUGCUAGAACAACCAGAUCAGUGCCUAACUGAAUCCUCCCUAAUCUUGUUUCUGGACGGACUCUUCCAGCAGGAGAAUACUAGUGUUACAUGUGAAUUCAAUACAUUGGAGACAGUAGAAACACAGUUCACUUCAGGAACUCAGCUGAUGAACAACUCUGUAGGAGAGACAUUUUCAUUUGUAAACCCUACAACCAGGAAGAGAAGUCGCUCUGCGGAUGACAGCAUGAACACUAGUGUUGAAUGUGAAUUCAGUGCAUUGGGGACAGAAGAAACACAGUUCACUUCAGGAACUCAGCUGAUGAACAACUCUGUAGAAGAGACUUUUUCAUCUGUAAAACCUACAAGCAGGAAGAGAAGACGCUCUGCGGAUGACAGCAUGAACACUAGUGUUGAAUGUGAAUUCAGUGCAUUGGGGACAGAAGAAACACAGUUCACUUCAGGAACUGAGCUGAUGAACAACUCUGUAGAAGAGACUGUUUCAUCUGUAAAACCUACAAGCAGGAAGAGAAGACACUCUGAGGAUGACAGCAUGAACACUGGCUGCGAUCAGGCCCGGCAAUCCUCGUCGCAGAGGGGCUGCUCCGUGCCCGGCGCGCAGGACGGUCCCUUCGCCCUGCAGGGUCCCUGCCCCGGGAGCGGCGGUGCGAGGUUGCGACCCGCAGCAGGCUCGUCCCACCCGCUGUCCCUGUGCAACACCAGCGAGGAUGAGCACACCGAGUCGGGGUUCAUCACCAUUGUCAAGCUUGAGCAGCCGGAUCGGGAUCCCAACCCCUGCCUGUCGCUGGCUAACAAGGCAAAGCUGGCGGGGGAGCGUGGAGCCCGUGCGAUCCUUUUUGACAUUACCGACGACGAAAGCGCUGCAGAUCAGCUGAGGAAGCCCAGAGGUCUGAGCCAGCCUGUGGUUCUCAUCAGGGGCCACGAUGCUGAGCUUCUCAUGGGCGUCGUGAACAAGAACAGAGAGGCCCACGUGAAGAUCGAGGUCAAGGAGCCGCCAGCUUGGCCAGACUACGAUGUGUGGAUUCUUCUCACGGUGGUCAGCACUGUGGUCGUCAUCAUCUUGAUUUUUGUUGUCCGCACAAAGUGCCAGCUGAACAGGACUCAGGACUCGCUGCAGCAGCAGACCAUGCAGGCCAUCGGGCAGCUGGCCACGCGCAAGUACCAGGAGAGGUGCCGGCAGGCGUCGCGGUGGGACUCAGCCAGCAGCUGCAGCUCAGCCCCGGUCUGUGCGGUUUGCCUGGAGGAGUUCAGCGAGGGCCAGAUCCAGAGAAAUGUGAUUGCGAUUCCCAAGUCUGUCACACCACAGCGCAUUGUGGAGAACUUCGAGGAACUGCGCAUCAUCUCGUGCUCCCACGAAUUUCACCGGGAAUGCGUUGACCCCUGGCUCCAGCAACACCACACGUGUCCACUUUGCAUGUUCAACAUCCUUGGUAACUUCAAGCCGGGCGUCUACGCAGUGUCAGUGACCGGGCGCCUGCCCCAAGGGAUCGUCCGAGAGCUGAAGAGCCGUGGCGUGGCUUACAAGUCCCGAGACACAGCCAUAAAAACCUAA